GGAGCGGCAGCGCGCGGCCAUGUCCCGCUGGGGCCCCGCUCAGGAGCCCGAGUGGGCGCCCGAGGCCUGGCAGCCGCUCCCGCCGCAGCCCCGCGGCCCCGAGGCGGAGAAGCCGGCGGCGGCCGCGCCCGAGAUCUCGCUGUGGACGGUGGUGGCGGCGGUGCAGGCGGUGGAGAGGAAGGUGGAGUCGCAGGCCCUGAGGCUGCUGAGCCUGGAGGGGAGAGCGGAGACGGCCGAGAGGAAGGUGUCGGGGCUGGAGAAGGCGGUGCUGGAGUUCGGGAGCCGGCUGGAGCGCAAGUGGGCCGGGCUGGCCGCGCUGGUGCGGGAGAACAGCCGGCGCCUGGAGCACCUCGAGCGGCAGCUGCAGCGCCGCAGCCGCUGCGGCCCCGCGCCCGGCCCGGGCCCCGGCGGGGACGAGCCCAAGGUGCCAGUGGCGGGUGAGGAUGAGGCGGCCAGUCUGCCAGAGCAGGAGUGGGAGAGCCUGGAGAGCCAGCAGAAGGAGCUCUGCAGGAUGGGCACCAAGGGCAGCUACGAGGCCGUGGUCUCUCUCGGGCCUGAGGACACCAGCUCCAAACCUGCUCUGCAGCUGCCAGCUGAGGCCAGGGAGGAUGCAGCAACGAGGGCCCACGGCUGUUGGAGAACGGAGCGGUGGUUGGACACCUGCCUGAUGGUGAGAAGAUCGUGAUCAAGACAGAAGAGCAGCAGCCCUGGAGGAAGGAGCCGAGAUCCUGGCUGUGCCACAGACACCCUCGGGGAGGCUGGAAGAGGAGGUUCCCCUGGGGGCAGGAGCAGCCCUGGGAGAGCCACGCCGGCCUGGACGAGCAGAAGGCGGUGGGAGAGGCCUUGGGCGAGUUCUGCAGCCACGGCACCGCGCAGCCCGAGUUCAAGCCGGUGUUGCUGGUGCCGGCGGAAGCCCACCCUGCGCCGGGCUUGCCCUUCCCACCGGAGCACGUGCUGG